AUGUCAACAAUACCACGUAAUGGUGCAUUGAAUCCAAAAAUCUUUGAUAAUGAGUUGAUUAUGAAACAUCUCAAUGACCGAUUUAUCACAAAUCUUGAUAUCUCUUAUUGGAUGGAGACAAAUCAUCCAAUGAUUGAUAUGGUUACUAAUUAUCUCGCUUCUUUAAGUGAUAGUCUUGUAGAAAUCAUUCACUGCAUUAUUCGACGACGUACGGCUAAAUUUUUCAUUGCACAACAACUGCAAAAAGGAGGCACACAUCGUAAUUGGCAUCGUGGUCCAGAAAGUUCAUCAUGGAGACAUUUCCUUGAUCACCUUAGUUCUAGCGCAGAUUAA